GGCGCGGCGGCACCGGGCAGCGGCGGGGAGGCGGACGGCACAUGGGACGGCGCGCUUUGGCGGCGGGGUAGAGCCCGGACAGCUGCGGACGGAGCCCAUGGAUAGAGGACGCUUGGCAGGAUAACCCCGCGAUGGCUGCCCAGUCGAGCUUAUGCAGUGAGGACAGAAACUUGCAGCGGAUUCGAGAGAAAGAGAGACGGAGUCAGGAGGCUCUGGAAGACAAAAAACAGUUCUCUGAGAAGACUCCCCUCUUUGCAGAACCCUACAAGACUAAUAAAGAAGAUGAGUUGUCAAGCCGAAUUCAGAACAUGCUGGGCAAUUAUGAGGAGGUCAAGGAGUUCAUGAGCAACAAAUCUUGUCAAAACCUGAUAGGGAUUCCAAAGAGCGUUGCCCCUCUGUUUCCCCCCAGACAGCCUGAUCGCCCAUACUUCCCUGAGAAGGCCAUCCGUACAUUGCCAUCUUCAUUCCAGCACCUGACCCGCCGUCCACCCAUGGGACCCAUGGUUGUACCCCCUCGUCCUCCAAGCCACUCCAGUCACUACCAAAAGGCACAGCCAGGAACAGAACCAGCUUCAGGUUUGCACAGCAAGAGCCGCAGCUUACCCAGCGCUCGGAGCCAUGGUCAGGAACACGGCCAGGGUGGCCGGGGCACUCAGGCAGGUUUUCCCCACGGCCACAGUGACAAGCCUGGGAGCGGGGAAGGUCGUGCUCAUGGCCUGCAGGCCUCCCCUCUGGCGCUCUCCCCAUUCCUGCCAUGUUUGUUGUCUUCUCCUGUGGCACCCCUGUCACCUCUACAUUCCAGCCAGAAUAUCAAUUCCAGGUCACAGAACAGCAGCAAAAGUCAUGGGUCAACCUACAGUCAAACCAAAUCAUUACAGGACUUAGUGACAGGAUCACAGGAGAAGGAAAGUCGGGACAGCCCAGCCGUUACCUUGACCAGCACCACUCAGCCUUCCUCUCAGACUUUCCCCCCUUCUUUGACAUCAAAAGCCAGUGCUAUGCAGCAGAAACCAACUGCCUAUGUCAGACCCAUGGAUGGCCAAGAUCAAGCACCAUUUGAAUCCCUGGAGCUCAAGCCUCUUCUGGAGGAAUACCAUGAAGGACCCAAUGAAGAUGUCUCGGAUUUGAAGGCAAAAGUUAAAGCUGAACUAUCCAAGUUGGAAACCCCUUGUGAGCCCAAGGAAGAAACUGAUGAGGAUCUCUCAGAUUUGAAGGCAAAAGCCAAAGCAGAACUAUCCAAAUUUGAAACCCCUUCUGAGCCCAUAGAGCAAACCAACCCCAUUGAUGUGCAGUCCAUUGAAGAAAUUUUGAGGGAAAUGACCCGCUCUUGGCCACCUCCCCUGACAGCUCUUAAUACUCCUACUAAAGCAGAGCCUCCCAAAUUUCCAUUCCCAGCAAAGGAAUUGCAACCUGAAGGAUCUGUAGCAAAGGAUCAGAAGCAGUAUGGAACACCUUCAGAAAUGUUGCCAGGUUCUCAGCCAAGGACAUCAAUGCUCCAGGACGACCUGCAGCUCAGUGAUAGUGAAGAGAGUGGUGACGAUCAAGUUGUCGAAAAGUCACCUUCUUCAUUUGCUCCUCCAAGUUCCUUACAGUCCCAGCCCAAGAGUGUGGCAUCAGCACAUUCCAGCAGCUCGGAGUCAGGGAGCACCAGUGACUCAGACAGCUCCUCAGACUCGGAGACAGAGAGCCACUCGAGUGACAGUGAAGCAAACGACCCUCCAAGAGCACCAGCACCUGAGCCUGAGCCACCAACUCCUAAUAAGUGGCAGCUUGACAACUGGCUGACCAAGGUGAACCCACCAGCAGUGCCAACUGAGAGCCUCAGUGACAUUGUCCGUGGAGAUGGAUGCGAGGAGGGCAAGAAGCAGGAGCAGUGCAUCAGCAACAAUUCCUCCCAGCAGCACACGGAGCUGAGGGAGCCUCCUCACAAGAGCCAAGUGACCAGGGCUCCUCAGGAGGCUCCUCUUCCAACCAAACACAGCUGCCAGAAGCCUCCUGCCCAUGCCAGGGAGCCCUCACCCAGGAAGACCGUGGGGAUCAAAGGGCCCAGCAAGCCCCUGCUGCACGAGGGGCCCAAGAGAGGCUUGAAGGUGGAGAGUGAGUCUGGUCCUUUGGAGGUCACUGACCAGUCUUUCAGGGACAAGCCAAAAGUCAAAAAAACAGUGAAGACAAAAUCCAGUGACAGAAAGGACCUGAAACCAGGAGUUCAAGAGCCCUCUGAGCAAAAAAAGGACAAGGGCUCCCACCAGGCCAAUGCCAAACCCUUCUCGGACCCCAGGCUCAUGGGAAAUGCCCAGGCACGUGAUGCUCUCAGUUCCCUUCCUCAGGGCCAGGGCACAACCCCCAUCAGGACCAGCAGCCACAGGCCUCAGGAUUUGCCCAAGGAGAAACUGCCCUUGCCUCUCAGGGAGAAGUUGCUCUCACCAGUGAGGGAUCCCCCACCCCGUGAAUGCCUCGUGGUGAAAAUAGAUCUCUGUCACCUGGAAAAAGUCCCUCAGCCCCCCAGGAAAAAUGGGCACCAGAGGAAAGCAGAGACCAAGGAUCUUCCUGGUACAAGGAAACAGGACUUGAAGAGGAAAGCCACGGACACUCCUGAGGAGUCCCUUGGAAAAAAGAAGAGGGGAGAGAAGGAGGAGACUGAUAGGAAGAAAAUGAAUUCAGAAAAAGAAACAAAAUCAUUGCAGUCUUCAUCUAACAAAGACUCCAGUAAAUUGAAAGCAUCAAAAGCUUCAUUAGAAACUCAGAAGAAGGAUGUGCUCCCGCCCCUGCCAGCUGCGUCUGCUGCACAACCUGCACCAAAGGCAGCCAAGAUGACCCAAAAGAGUCAAAAGAGAUCCAGAAAUGAGACUGAUGAGCUGCCUGCCAUGGAUAACCCUGCCAGGAACAAGAGUAACCACAAGGAUCCUUUGUUUUCCAAGCACAGGAAAGUGGAGGGAAAUCAUACAGAGCUGUCGAAGGGCAUCAAAGGAUCUGCAGGUGAUGUCACAAAGCCUUUCCCAGUGCCUUCUUUGCCAAAUGGUACCUCUAAGCCAAGGAGACCUCUGCUCAAGUUUGAAAAGCAACAUUCAAAGGAAUACUACAUUGAACAGGCCCAGAGGCUGAAGCACAAAGCUGAUGCAAUGACUGACAAGACUGGAAAGGCCUUUGAGUACCUGGAGGCUGCCCUUUUAUUCAUUGAAUAUGGGAUUGCCUUGGAAUCAGAUGUGCUGGAACCAAAAUCAGCUUACAGCAUAUUCAGUGACACCAUAGUUCUCAUCAAAUUCAUCAUGACUUUGAAACCAUUCGCAGAUUCCUCAGUCUCUUCACACGGAAAAAUCUUUGCUGUGUUACGCAUGCGCUGCCAGUCCAUUCUGCACAUGGCAAUGUUUGGUUACAAAAAAGACACUGCUAUGAGGUAUUCCAGACUCCUGAAUGACCACUUUAAGAGUAAUUUCAGAGUAAUACAAGCACCUUCUCCGGGAGUCGCAAGAAGCACAGGCUUGCCUUCUCCUCUUUCUCCAAUACCCUCUCCUGCUGGAUCUGUGAGUUCUCAGCUGGGAUCAAAUGAUAGCAAUGGCGUUGGCCACGGCGGCAUUGGCAACAGCACUAGCUCUACUGUCACUGUCUCCUGUCAUAUCUCCAGUGUCACCUCUUCCUAUGUCAACAUCACCUCCUAUAUCCUCCAUGCAUAUGAAAUUUGGGAAAAGGCUGAUGCACUGGCCAGAAAGAAUAAAGGUCCGAUCUGCAGCAGGUGUUGCCCCCAGGAUGUUUGCUAAUAAUGGAUGUGGUUUUUUUCAUGCACUGUGUAAAUUGUAGCGGAUUCUGACACCUGGUUUAAUACCCACUGGAAAUGCUGCUGUUACAGGUGCUGUGCAUAGAAAUGCACUCUUGGAUUGUGAUCAGUGCAGGCCUGAGGCAAAGCAGGUAGGGUUAAUUUUGGGGGUGGGAUGGACAUGGGGUUGAACAUGCCAGCAGGGAGGGCAUCCAAAAACCAUGCAGGAUGUGGGGCUGUAGCAAGUGUUGGCUGCCCUGCUUGGCUUUCUGCCCAAGGCAGUGGCCCCCCUGGGCUAACACAGCCAAAAAUAUUUUUCCAAUAAUACUUUGUUGUAGUUUCUUUAAUUAUAGAGUCUUUAUUGCCCAAACCUAACUUUGCAACCCUGUUUAAUUUACUUUGAGAUUUGUUAUUGAUUAUAGAUGAGCUUGCAUUCUGUCUUUGGUUUGGCUUGUCCUUUUCAAAGAUAAAUGUCAUUUUUGGCAAAACAGCUGAGUUAAAGUCGAUUGCACUUUCCCAGCCCAGUGCUGCUCUCCAAACACUAAAAUAGCCCCUUGGCAGCCUGUGCUUUCCUUACAUUAAUUGCAGUUUCAGCAGCCCUGUCACAAAAAACCCAACACUGUUCCUGGGCUAUCAUCAAGCUUUCUGAAUGUGUUUCCAUAACUUUUGUGUUUCUGAAACUUGUGCAUGUUACAAGAGCAGUGUGCACUCACUGCUGCUUUGUGAUGUAUUUUGUCAAGGGGUGGGGUUCCCGGAGAUCCUGCUGGGUUUUCCUCCUCUCCUUCUCAGUAUUGCUGAGGUUAUGGGGGUUUUUGGGGCUAGUCCUUCAUGUUACAGCAUUAAGGCCAUGUUUUACACUGUCAGAGGCAUUUGCAAAAUUUGUAGAUUGUUCAGUGAAAUCUUGGUUCUACUGCUGGCCAGUUGCAUAUGAAGAAAUACUUGUAAAUGGAAAAAAUAGUUCUUUUUUUUUUUUCCUUUUUCAGUUUCCAAGUAAUAAAAUGCAUCUGUUUUUCACUUGUUCCAUGUGGGGUUUUUCCCAGAUGCCUGCUGUACCUUUUCACUUGGAAACUGUAGCUGUGGUGAAUCCAAGUCUUUGUUUAAAUUUUCAUUCGAAAGAAUCAGAAAAUCCUGUCAGCUUAACAACUGCAAAGGAGUAAUUACUUAGACAGUGUAAUGCCUUUGGAGUAGUUGGAAUCUUUCGGACCAGGGAGGUUGUGGGCAAAAGGUAGCUGGGCUCCAGCCCAGGACAUGAAAUACUGUGCAGGCAGAUCAGAACUUGGGGAGCAUUAGGGGUGUAAAUCUUGUAGUCAAUGCAAAAAAUCUUUUCUAAGAUUUUUCUCCCACACAGCUGGGAGAAAUGAGCCUUUUACUUUGAUUAUAUUCAGUGUUAAGUGGAAUAGUAAGCUUAGUGCAGGUAGUAGAUUAGACUAAACAGUCUGGCUGAGGCAAAAGAGGAAGAGAAAUCUGCAGAUCAUGGGCACAACAUUUAUUUUAACACACUAAACCUGCCUCUUGACAGCCAGUGGGUUUUCUGUGAUGAUUAUUAAAUAAGAGGCAAACAUUUUGUUGUAUUUCUGUAGCCAGUGGAGGAGAAGAGUGACUCCAGACAGAGGCAUUACUUCCCCCUACUGUUAUUUUGUGUAAGGGCAAGAUUUGCCAUGGAAAACAGAAAAUCCCACACUACAAUUUUGUAGCUGACACAGCACAGUUUAGACAUGGUCCUGGUGCAUCCCUGUUCCUCUCCAGUGAUUCCUUGGCACUGUGUGAGCUGGACAGAACAUGCACCACAACUGUGCAAUGACUGGUGGCAACUGGAAAAUGGCAAACUUAUUUGCAAGAACACUGGUAAAGAAAUAAAUAUAGAAUUUUUAAGUGGUCCAAGGACAAAUUAAUUCUCCUAAUAAAUCCAGCAGUAAGCAUGGGAGAAUGGGAUACAAGAACUUAUAUCCUUUAAAAUACAAAUGUAUGUUUAUAGCUGAGGAAAUUCUAUAAUAAAACUUUUAAAAAGUGAAAUUAAGUUAAAUCUCUGAUUUUAUUUCCAGUGGCUGUAGAAGUUCAGGCUUGGGAAACGUAGGUGGAAGGAGGCUGGGCAGUAGGUUUUGUGUCUUGGAUGAGGGCAGGCAGCCAAACAUGCUGUUGUGAUUGAAAAGUAUCCUAAAUAGGAAUUUGAUACGAGAUUCCCUCUUUUCACAGAAAAUUUCAGGACAUAGACUUGCAGUGUAGCAAGCAAAUGUGAAAGAAGAUUGUGUAGUCAGAAGAUCUGACUACACUGAUGUGUAGUCAGAGCAACAGAGCUGCAGCAAUCUGCUCUCAUCAUAAAAAUCAUCUGGCAGUUAUUUUUCAUCACUGAGGUGAACAAAUCAUCUCCUUGAUUUGUUCAUCAAUUUGGAGUUCGCGGAAUUGAUGAUUUAUAUCUUAUUAAUGAUAUGUUGAUUUUAAUUUAAUUGUUUAAAUUAUGUCUCUGACUGAGAUGAUUUAAUACCCCAUUUAUUCACCACCUGAUGGGCAGAAGCCUUUUCUUACAUGAAUUCUUUCAUGAAUUAGCUGUACUUUGAAGGUAGUGUAAAGAAUCUGUAAAUCACAGAGAUGAGUUGGGCUGCUGUGGUGUUUUGCUGGCUACAGCACUCCAAUGUCAAUUUUUUUCCCCCACCCCAUUAACUUACUAACAUUAAUAAUUUACAUGUGGAAUUCUUGUUGCAGAGGCCCUGCUCCAGGAAUUCUCCUGUCUGGACUGGUAAAGAGCCUUCCUGAGUUUCCAUCACUGCUCAAAAUGCUCAAGUCACAGAAUUUAAUUUCUUGCUACCUUUUUUCAUUGAAUGCCUGCAGCCUUUGGACAAAGCAGCUGCACAGUCUGGCCCUGGUACCUGAGGCCUCCCUGAAUCGCUCCUUCUCAGCUGCUGGACAAUGGGGGUUUGGUGAUAUUCCUUGUCAGAAAGCCUGUCUGUGCAAGGUAAUCCUCUGCUUGUGGAAAGGGAGGGAAAGGGCAGGCACUGAUGUCUCCUCUCCCUUCCAAUCCCUGUAGAUCAACAGGAACAGUUUCAAAUCCCAGUUCUUACUACUGCCUCUGCAAGCUGAGAGUAAGAAGUUGUUGCUCCAGGGAAAUUGCAGGUAAGGCUGGAGCUGCUGGGAGAGGCUGAGCCGAGGAGAGCCUUGUUUGCACAGGGGUGCAAGGUGAGAGCUGCUGGGACAGGGACAUUACCCUGAGUGAGGUAACUCCUGACUCCUGAGUCAGCUGGUCCUACAGUGGAGCUGUUGCAGCCCAUGACUCCAGGGGAAGAUGGUAAAGCCUCCAUGGAAAAACCCAGAUUGCAGAAGUGAAGCCAAAGCAAUUUAUUAUUGUUAUUAUUUUCAGUUGUAAUAAUCCAGUGUCUUCUGUGACUGUACAUUGAGGUGUCUCUUCAAAUAAUUUAAUGUAUGAAAAGACAUCAAUAAUAAUGUUGUUACUAACAUUGACAUUAAAUUAUUAUUAAUAAUGACAGCAGCAUUGAAAGGAAGGGAAGCUCAUAAAGGAGGGUAGCUAAGGUUUAACUUUUCCAAGCAGUUUCUGUGUUCCAUGGGAGCAGUUGUUUGCCUGGGGCUUCAUGAAGAAAGCCACAAAGAAGAGGAAUCAAAUAAGUCCAGAAAAGGGAAACAGAAAUCAGUUUGGCUAAAUACAGAAGUGUAAAAAAACAGGGGCGAGUCUUUGGAAGAGAAGCUGCUAGAGUUUCCCAUGUCUGUUUUCCUGAGGUCUGCACCUUAGGGGUCAGAAUUUGAGUAAAUACAACCCUCGGCUCCAUGGAUUAGGAGGCACUGUUGGCUCACCUAGGUUUAGGAGCAGGUGUGGACAAUUUCUUUUACUGCCAGGUGUCCACUUCCUCAGCUUUAGGAAAUCUCUGGAUUAAUCUGUGCCCAAGUGUGUGAAACAGAGCUUGGCUCACCAGGGCACAGUGCAGCUGGACUAUCAGCAGCAGCUCGUGGUCAGGAGGGGAUACACUGUCUCUGCCAGGAAGGCUGCCUUUGUUUCAUCCUCCAGGUGCCAUCAGGGGUUUAUUUAUGGUAUUUCUGCAAAUGCUCUGCUGUGCAGUGCUAAUCUUUCCUCUUUCCUUUUUUGACAUGCAGUACUGAGCAUUGCAACAGGAUUUGACAAUGUGAUCAUUAUUUGUUUUAAAAUCUUAGGAACUACAGAAAUUGUCAUCUGCCAUCUCAUUAAGCAGGCAAACCAUUUCAGGCCAGGUCCAACAAGUGCCAACUCUUACAGAUAAGCAGUAUGGUAGGGCAAAGGCUCAGCUGCCCUUCUGAUUAGAUUCUUCUUGGCUUAACAGGGAGAGGAAGGUUUUAAUCCAAAUCAUCCUCACUAAUUGUCUCAGGCUACAACAGAGAGGUUCCUCGGUUCUGCAUUGUGCUUUGCUAAAAUAUCACAAAAUUCUAGAAAGGAACUAAAUGUUCUCCCUGGAGAUGCUAAGAUGCUUUUUCCAGAUUCUCAGCCACAUUGCACUGGGAGAGACAGGCCCCAGAACAAUGAUACCAAGCUGUUUUCUUCUCACAUCAGCUCACCUGUCCCUGCAAAUGUCAUUAUCUUACUUAAAAAGCUAGAGGGCUUUUUAAAAGAAAUGUUUUCUAUUGGCUUUGAGCUCAGAUUGGUUUGCAUAAGAAAUUACUUCAAGGCCCUGACUGAACCUGUUCUUCAAAAGGGAGUGACAUAAAGCAAGAUUCUUUCUACUCCCAUGAUGAUUUUCUUCUUCCUCUUCUUGCCUCCUCAAAACAGUUUACCUAAAGGAGAAAAAUUGCAUUUUUAGUCAGUUGUACAAGCGGCAAGGCAGUGCUCUGCAUCUUCCCCUGACCACCAGGCAAGAAGAAAGUUUUCUGGCACCCCAUUAGGAACACCCAGAGUCGUGAUGUUCCCAAUGGUUCAUCCAGCAGUGUACAGGGCAGGGUUUCAUUUGUUGCUUUUCUGGCACACACUCGUUCUCUGUUGGCUGGCUAAGCAGUAUUUAGCAAUUGUUCCUUGCUUACGUGGAAAUAGUUCUUGGAUUAGAAUUUAGUCUCUCUGUGCAGUUAAUUUGUUGAACUGUGUGGUAAAAGAAAUGUUAUUUUGCCCCUAAUCAUUGUUAACAAAAACGUAACCAUGACCAAACUCUCUUGGAUAUACAUGCAGUUUUCAAUAUAAUGCACAACAAAAAGGCAUUGUAUUAAAUAUUUCUAUUGAGUGUCAAUGGUUUUAGUUACAACCUAUAAAAUUACACUUAAUGAAUCCCAUAAUGUUUCACUUACCAGUGUCUCUGUCUAUUACAAAUGCUGAACUGGGAGCUGCCAAAGGAGUAUUGCACUGACUCUUAUAAUAAUAAUAGUAAUGAAAGGGUUCAUUGCAGUUGUUCCACAUAAUCUUCCAUAGCUUGCUGUUUCCAAGUUUGUGAUCCUUUGAUGAUUAUUUGGCUACAAAAUGAAAGCCUUUUCCCCAGAUAAUGAAGGAAAGGAAGGUUGUCCUGGACCAUUUGAAGUCUGAGAAUAUUUAAUUAUUUUAUUGUUUACAGCUAGACUUGAAAAGGAUCAAAAAGAUUUUUGCAGGACUAGCUUAGUGUAAAGGCUUCUUUCCGACUUGUAGCACAGGCAAUGACCAUAAAGAAGGUAUUGUCUUUAGGAAUCAAUUACACAGUAAUUAAAGCAAGCUACAGAUUGUUUCAUACAACAGGAGGGACAGGAGGUGGAGAACUCUCUCAGUAUGGAAACAACUUCUGUAUGUGCAAGCUUGAUUUCAUCUAAAAGCAAAGUUCUCUCUUUACUGAAAACUUCAGUUUAUUCUUACUCUUUUACACCUGUUCUGGUAAUCAGCAGACACCCAGAUUGCCCUAAUGACUUCACCUGAUUUCUCUCAGGAAGCUGUACCUAAUUAUCUAAAUGGAGCACUAGGACACAACAGAGUUAAAACACAUUAAAAACUUUUUUAGCUUAGUUCUCCAAGUGAAUUAACUAUUGGAAUGAAAUUUCCCUGCUCUUAGGAUCUGAAGUGAAUGUUUUAGUGUAUAGAAAUGGAGAAGAAUUUCCCUAAAGAGUCUUCUGACAAUCCUUACAAUAUUUUUAUUAUUUUCAAAGGCACAUCAGCCCAUAGCAGCAGGAUAUACAGGCAGCUAAGCCCAGAUUGUCCACUGUUGAGAAAAGGGCAUUUGGAUCUCACAUGGAAAAACACAGGAGACAGUGGCAGGCUAAGAAGGGUGAGUCCUGU